CAUGAUCGGCGUCUUCGCCUUGAUGGGACAGACGUUUUUCGCAGCAAUCCUUAUCUUCGAGCCUGAUACGGUUAAGGCCCCCCGAACUACAUCCCGCACUACCGUCCUUGGCUCUUUUUCAAGUAGAAAAGAGGCCAGGGAUGUUCUGAGGAAUGUGAUAGCGUAGCCUCUAACGCGGGUCGUUGGGUAGAAGAGUGCGGUGGUGUCGGCAAGUACGACACACCAGAGUGCCAGGCCGUCUGUCCGACGAUUGACGACUGUCGGGAGCGCUUACAUUUUGACAAUUUCAUUUGGGCCGUGACCACGAUAUUGGUGAUGCUCACAGGUGAGGAUUGGCCCAGCAUCAUGUUCAGCGGCAUGAAAGCUGGCGGCGCAAUCGCAACGGGGUAUUUUCUCUUAUGAGUACUACAAGUACUACUCAUACUAAUCAUGCUGUUCCUCUUAUGUUCUCGAUAAAAGCUGAGUUGUUGAUGAGAUUUAUAUUGUUAGGUUUCUGUUUUAUAAAGAUGCAAUCGGAUAUAGAGAUUGCACGAGUAGCUUGACAAGACGUAUUUUAGAAUAAUUAUAAUACUGGGGCUAGAUAUCCUAAAGUUUUGCCAUACUCUCUAUGUGGACUUUCCUUACAUAGAAGUAAGUGUAUAACCAAAAUGAAAAUCAUAUAGUUUCACAUGGCAUCUCUCUAAUCCAUCUUGUGGUUGCUUUCGGAAGUUUUCUAGUCUUGAACUUGUUUGUGGCGAUUUUGAUGUCCA